AUGGGAAGCGAAAUCGAGCAGUUGAAGGCGAUAGUGGAGAAGCUACAGGCGGAAGUGACGCGUUUGAGUGAUCAGGAGGACAUCCGCAAGCUCCAGUAUACGUACGGUUACUAUCUCGACAAGUGUCUAUACAAAGAGGUCGCCAAUCUAUACGCCGACCAUCCUGACACAUGCGUUGAGUUUCUUGGGGGCCGAUACAAUGGCAAAGAGGGCGUACAAAGACUGUACAUCGGUCGAUUCGCCAAUUCCUUCGUAGCUGGGCGUAAUGGCCCUGUUUAUGGCUUCCUCCUUGAUCAUCCACAGAUGCAAGGCAUAGUCGAUGUCAAUUCCGAGGGCACACGUGCAAAAGGCCGCUUCCGCAGUAUGAUGUCGGCUGGUACCCACGAUAGCAUCAAGGACACACAUCCUCGCGGCCUGGUACAAUGGUGGGAGGGUGGAGUGUAUGAGAACGAGUACAUCAAAGAGAAUGGCGUAUGGAAGAUCUUCAGGCUGAAGUACUUCCCGUUUUGGCACGCGACAUUCGAAAAAGGUUGGGCACACACCAAGCCCAACUACGUGCCGUUCCUCUCGAAGACGUAUCCAGAAGAUCCAAAUGGGCCAGAUGUGUUGUGCGAUCACCCGAUGCUCUGGCCAGACACGCGCGUCGUGCCCUUCCACUACAAGCACCCUGUCACUGGUGAGCAAGUGGCCGACGACGAUCUUAGAGCUCCACACUUUGGGAAAGACCCUUCAACGAGCACUCCUCCACUCGUGCUGAGCAAACCAAAAUCGGAGAUGAAUGGCACGACUUAG